AUGCCUCUUAUGAAGAACUUGUUCCCAUCUAGGGAAUUGGAAAUCGAAAGACCAAACUCGAGAGCUUCACAACCCUCAAAUUUUGCAAACUUCGAAUACGACGACGAUUCAAAUCUUGACAGCGAGAUGGAAGCCACAGUAAUGAAUAGGCCAAGGCUAAAGAAGAAGCCUAGCAUGCCUAAAGUACCUACUAUACCCCAGAGAAACAGCAAAAGAACUUCCAAGAUAAUUAACAAUGUCAUGUCGGAAUUGAAGUGUCUGGAUGGGUUUAAAGCUACCAAAGAAGUGGUGGAAGAAAAAGAAUCCGAAAUAUCAGAUCCCCACGAAUUAUACCUUUCGAGCGAAGAAGAUGCCUCACUUUCGGACACAGACUCGCUGCUCGAUUUCGAAGCUACUCCUCCAUCUGAUUAUGAUGCUUCUCGAAGCUCCUCCCGUGCGUCUGCUCAAGUUACUGCGAGAGUUGUCUCCUUUACUCUUGUGUCAAGACCACGAGUUAUAGAAAUCCCCCGCCCGAACAGCUUUCACUCGAAUCCCACGUCUCGUAACGUUUCUCCUGUGGCAGACUAUCAAAUUCGUCAUUCAGUCGCAGAUAUCGCAUCAUUAGCACCACUCCCUUCGCCACACCCACCACGCCGAAGCUCUAGACAGAACUCACCACUGCGAAACUCCGCUCGUCGCCUCUCCAUCUCCUCUCUUGGUUCCCUCUCCAAACUCAACACAAAUCAUCCCAAUGCCUCCAGCGCAACCCUUUCGCAACAACCCUCUAAACUCAAUUCCAGCACGACCUUCCUACAACCCACCUCUGCCGCCUCGAAUUCCUCUCCACAGCACGCUUUUCUCUCCUCAGAUCCAUUCCCCUCGCCCACACCAUCUCCACGAACCGAUACUCUUCCAGUCCUCCCCGAACCAGAGCAAAGCUUCCAAUCUCGUCGCCCUAAAUCAAUGCAUCAUGAACGACCCAAAACACCCAAUAGUCUCAUGGAAGGGCUCCAAGGGCUCACCCGCUCCUUCACCAAGAAGCGUCCCAGUAUGCCGAAACUAAAUUUGUCAUACACUACUAGUUCUGUGGCACCCACUCACAGCAACACUUCAAAAUCAUCCUUAACCCACAGCAAUGCGUCUAAAACUAGCUUGCUCACAGUUGAAGAGCGAACACCUAAAGAUAGCAAAUUCGGAAGUAUGAAGAGAUCCUCCACAGCACCUUUAUAUGUGCACGAAGAAAGGGAAAAGACAAAGAAGACACAGGAAACACAAUCGGCAAUCGAUGAGAGGGCACCUGUCAGAUAUGAAGAUAUCAUGAAGAAUGUCAUCCGCGAGGCCCCGCCAAGACCUCCAAUUAACUUCGCAAAGUACAAGUAG